AAAAUGUAAAGAUUCGUGCUGAGGGUGGAUAAGGCGUCUUCGCCUCUUCGUCUAGUUCAGUCCAAAACUGCGCUGUGCGCUUCCCCUGCUUGCUAUCUUCUCCGGUUCCCAAUGUCCUCCUCCCUCCUCCGCGCCUCGCCCUUGUCCCUCCUCUCCCGUCUAAAGCCCAGGCCAUCCGCCUUGCACCUCCGCCGCCUCCUCCCGCUCUCCACCACCUCCACCUCGGCCUCUGUCCCCGCGCCCCAGUUCCGAACCCUAGUGUCCGCGGCGGCCACCGAUGCGGCUGCGACCCCGCCGGAGGAAGUGUCGGCGCCCGCCCCGGCUGGUGUGAAGGUAGAGAGGUUGCAGCCGCUGCAGUGGCCGCCCAGGGAUGCGCUGUGCAGCGAGCUGGGCGCCGGGGACGCUGGGCGCAGGGUAAGGCUAUGCGGCUGGGUUGCGCUACGCCGCGCGCACGCCGGGCUCACCUUCGUCACCCUUCGAGACCGCUCCGGCAUGGUGCAGGUGACAGUGUUGCCAGAGUACCCAGAGGUUUACAACAUAGUAAACAAGCUGAGGGUGGAGUCAGUGGUUGCUGUUGAAGGCGUGAUCCGGCCACGCCCGGUGGAUGCCAUCAAUGCAGAUAUGAGGACUGGGACUAUAGAGGUUGUGGCACAUCAUGUUCUAGUGCUGAACUCAGUAACUCGGUCACUGCCGUUUCCAGUUACAACUUCUGAUACUGUAAAAGAGAAGUUUCCAGAAGAAAUUAGAUUGAGGUUUAGAGUGUUGGACUUGCGUCGUCCACAAAUGCAGUCAAACUUGCGGUUGCGCCAUAAUGUUGUUAAACUCAUACGCCGCUACUUGGAGGAUGAACAUGAAUUUGUUGAGAUUGAGACUCCUGUUUUGUCCAAGUCUACACCUGAAGGUGCUCGGGACUAUCUUGUACCAUCGAGAGUUCAGCCAGGAACAUUCUACGCUCUCCCUCAAAGCCCUCAGCUGUUCAAGCAAAUGUUGAUGGUUUCUGGUUUUGAAAAAUAUUAUCAGAUUGCAAGGUGCUUCCGAGAUGAAGAUCUGCGUGCGGACAGGCAACCAGAGUUUACACAACUUGAUAUGGAGGUUGCUUUUACAUCUAUGGAGGAUAUGUUGAAGUUGAAUGAAGAUUUAAUGAGACAUGUUUUUCAAGCGGUAGGAGAUAUCAAGCUGCCAAACCCUUUUCCAAGGUUAACAUAUGCAGAGGCAAUGGAUCGCUAUGGGACAGAUAGGCCUGAUCUCCGGUUCGAUUGGGAGCUGAAAGAUGUUAGUGAUGUAUUUUUGGGGAGUAGCUUCAAGGUUUUUGCUGAUACAUUGGAAAGUGGAGGCGUAAUAAAGGCACUGUGUGUUCCUGGUGGUGCCACUGUUUUUUCAAACACUGACCUGAAGAAAGGAACUGUUUACACUGAAGCUUCCAAAGCUGGAGCCAAGGGCUUGCCUUUCCUCAAAGUUAUGGAGAAUGGGGAGCUUGAAGGAAUCGGUCCACUGUUAUCGAGUCUGAAACCUGAAAAGAAAGACCAGCUCAUGGAACUUCUGGACACAAAGACGGGUGACCUUAUCCUGUUUGCACUGGGUGAACAAUCAUCAGCUAAUCAGAUUCUUGGACGGUUAAGAUUAUUUAUUGCUCAUAAGCUAGAGGUGAUAGACACGUCUGCACAUUCAGUUCUUUGGGUGACAGAUUUUCCAAUGUUUCAAUGGAACAGUGAUGAGCAAAGAUACGAGGCCCUACAUCAUCCUUUCACUGCACCAAAUCCCGAGGAUAUGGACGAUCUACCAUCAGCUCGUGCUCUGGCUUAUGACAUGAUUUACAAUGGUGUGGAGGUACGACUUCAGCUAUCGGCUCGUUGUUCACAGUUUAUAUGAUCUGGACUGCCCUCAUUAUGAUAGCAAUCAUGCUUUCAGUUCUCAACUCAUAUAUCGUGUUAUUAGGUAAACUAAAAACACAGCUAUAUUUUCUUUUGAAAAAAAGAUGUCUUAGGCUGCUAUUUUUUUGCGAGUCUGCUACAUGCCUACAUUUCUCCUGCUUUUGUUAACUCAGAGCAUAACAAGGCAUACUUAAAAUAAUGCCUUGUUUAUUUUUUCUUUUAUAAAUUCAUCACACAUGCCCUUUUCUAUGCCCUCCCUUCCCCUUGUGGGUACAUAUGCAUGCUACCAGGCAUAAGGCCAUGGUUUUAUUUUACUGAUUGUUCAAUUCAGGUGUAGUACCUCUAAAUUCAGGUGAAAUCUAAGUCCACUUAUGUGCCUGCAUACUUGAAAACUGUUUAGGCACCAAGAGUUUGCUGUUAACUUGACAUUAUGUUCGUUUGGGCAAUUUGUCUACUUAAUAUGCUAGCUUCAGGUGGGCUCCCAUCAAUUUAUUGUGCCCCAGGGAAUUCAAACAUUUAUCGUUGAAACAUGAAAGUCUAAACGAGAUGCUCCCAUCUGUUACUAAUUGUUUCGCAGCCUCAUAUUGUUUAACAUGCUUUAUUAGAUGCUCAAGUUAAUAGAACGAAAGUCAUGUUGUAGGCGUAUAACUGUAUAUGUUUACAAAUUUGAUGGCCAAAUUUGUAAUUGGCAACUUUCUUCGAAACUGUUUUUUUAUUCUUGUUUUGCUCAAGAUCGUGGAGAAUAUGAUG